UUAUAGAGUCGUUGCUUAACCGUAAAGAAUGUUAUACAUUCCACCCUGUGUCUCUAUUUAGUCAUGCGAAUCUGUUACCUACCUGACACCUUAUGACCUAAUUUAAAAAAUGUAAACUUACUGUACUGUGCCUGUCUCGGCUCUCUGUUGACAGGUUUUUAAUGUAAACUGCCAGUAUUGUAGUUAAGAAUAAUCUGUUUAUUUUAGAAGAUUGAUUUUCCAAAAGAUAAUAAGAGCAGAAAAAUGUUAAACCCUCAUGAUUUGACAGAGAUUCUGGGCCAAGCCAACACUGGGGGUAUCCAAAGCACUCUGCUUGUCAAUUCUCAUGGAGCUCUGGUUGCCUUUUCUGGGUUCGGUGAUUCUGCAGUUCGAACAAAAGCCACCAUCUCCAGCAAUAUCUGGGCAGCAUACGAGCACACCAAACAUAAUGCUCUACAGGAGGAUGCAUUGCAAUGUGUGUUAAUGGCUUGUGAAACAGGCCAUGUUGCAAUCCAAAGAGCUGGAUCUUCAGGGCUGCUACUGUGUAUGUUUGCUGACAAAACUGUUGGACUUGGAAUCUUAAAAGCCAAGAUUGAAUGCAUGUCCAAAUUCUUAAAUGGUCCAUUAAACAAUAUCACUGUAUCCUAGAUCAGAUAAAAAUUAUUUUGUUAAUUCUUGUAUAACUUUAUCAACCUACCAUUUGUUAUAAAGCUUUUUAAUGAGUUUGUUAAGUAAGCAUCGUUUUGUCAAUAUAAUGAAAGAACGAAAAAAAUGGUUUAUUGCAGAAAACUGUACAUAAAGUUAUAAAUUAUUUGAAUAACAAUUGUCGUGCAAUUUUACAUUUAGA